UGUCCUGAAUUGCUGUGUAUUGUUCUCCAGAAAUAUCCAGAAGUGCCAAUAUUCUGGAAGACAGUGGAGAUCAUCCUCAUCAUGCUGUUCAUGUUGAUGUUCCCCAUCUUCCGCAUCCUGCCGCACUUCUUCCCCUACGUGGACUACAUGACCACCAAGUUCAUCAUGAGCAUCGGUCUGCUGCUCUUCUACUACCGCACCCUCGCAGUCUUCCUCCCCAUGAGCCCCACCCUGGGACCCAUGCUCAUCAGUAUCAACAAGAUGGUGCGGAAGGACUUCAUGACGUGGAUGCGGAUGUUCCUAAUUGUGAUGGUGGCCGGGGGCAUCACGAUCCAUGCGGUGCUGUACCCCAGCUACCCACUGACACAGGAAGGGAUCAAGAAGGCCCUGGCUCGGGCUUUCUUCGCCAUGUUCCUCACCAAGAUAGAUGACCUGGAAGGUGAUGAGGACUGCAACUACAUGUACCACAACAAGACGAUAGAGGCUUGCAGUGGUCACCGAGAAGAUCAACCCAUAGACGAUCACCUAGACGAUCUCCUCCUCGCUCAUCACCACGAGAUCACCUUACAGGUCACCAUACAGAGCUGCACAAGCAUCGCCGGACGAGAGACAGAAGCACGCAGUCCAGAACAGCACCAACCUCUCAUCAAUGAUGAUGCUAAUGACAAAUUGAACCGGUGCCCUUACAGCAGCCUAGGGGGCUAUGCAAUCGUGAUCCAGUACCUCCUCAUCACCAAGCUGGUCCUCAUCACCCUGCUCUAUGCUAUGUUCAGUGACACAAACGCCCGAAUCAGCAAUGAAGCAGAGGAGAUAUGGAAGUACCAACGCUACACCAUUAUCGUGGACUUUGACGAGCGUCUACGCCUACCACCACCGCUGACACUGAUCAGCUACAUGUGCAUGUUCCUGUCGGUGGUGUGGAGGAAGUUGAAGCAGCUGUACUACCGAUGCCGCGCUUGCUGCAAGUGUGUCAAGAAGGACAUGAAGGACGGCAUGAAGAAGGUCCAGAUCAUGAAGGUGAGGCGGACAGUGGACUUCAACUACUGGAAGAGUUGUCUGCAGACCUUCAAUAACGAAGAGGAGCAGAAUCUGAUAGAAAAACAGAGGAACAAGGAACAGAGACAACCAUCGAGAAUGAACGACCGUGUGGUCCAUGUGGAGAAGAGUGUCACUGUGUGUCGGCUGCUUCUGGAGGAGAUGAAGCAUAUGAUACAGAACCUGGACCCGAAGAGCCAGGGCCUGAAGCCAGUGCAGCAGCUCGUGCAUGUCUCAUCCCGCCAGUCGCCCUACCCAGGGACACUCACACAACGCUUCCCUGUCUUCGAUAAAUAUGUUCCCUGGGAGGUUUGUCAGCCCCGGGCUCAUUGGUUUCACCAAAGUUGCAUAAUGGUUGCGAUAUCCUACGACCUACAUGACCAGGCUCCUGGAGGACUUCAACAGAAGAAGCACGCGACUUUGUUGACCCUCGACAUCAUGGAACUCCGCCAUGAGGAACAGGCCCGACAGAAGAUGAGUCCUGAGGAAGUGGAGAAGUUGCCUCCCUUGCCUGACUUCAGUCCCAUGUGGAACACCGUGUUCAUUGAGAAGGUUGGCAGUGUUAGUGUUGAUGUGGAUCGUACGUCAUGGAUCACGUUCGACAACCAGCCACUGAGAUAUAAGUUGGACACAACCGACCUUCCACAGAACCCCCUGGGAAGGACAGGUAUCCGUGGGCGGGGAAAGUUGUGGAGGUGGGGUCCCAACCAUCGUAUCGCGGCUGUCGUCACACGGUGGAAGCGGAAGUACUCGGCACUAGGCUACCCUAUGGACCACAUCAUCGUGGAGGGGAAGCGGGUCCUGGAGUUUAUAGUGGUCCCCAGGCCGGAUACAGGGGAGCUAACUCUGCCAGGUGGUAACGUGUACGGCAAGACCACUUCCUAUGGCGUGAUGUGUGAGGAGUUUAUGAAGGGAGUUCUCAACACAGAAGAUGCAGAAGAAUGUCAGCGGUUCAGUGAGGAAAAUAUGAUCAGCUUCUUUGCUGAGUUUGCAAUGUCCACCUCAACUCAGACACGGUACAACCUGGCACAGAUGAACGCUGCAGCUAAAGGCUUCAGUGCGCAGAUCCUGUACCGCGGCUACAUCGAUGACCCCUCCAACACCGACAAUGCCUGGAGGGAAGCGGAAGUGUGGAACUUCCACUAUGAACUCAGCGACACACUGGACGACAGGAUCCCUGUGGUGAAGAAAAAUGCUUGGAGAGAAAUAUCCCCCUACACUCGUCUCUAUGGCAACCAAGAUUCCAUUGUGAAAGAAGCAGCAAGGAUUCAUGACUCCUACUUUUAAUGCCGGUGGGAGGAGUUAUACUCCAGCUGGUAUCUAUCACAGCAAUAUUACCUACACUGCUUCUUCAGCACUCCCCGGUCUCCAACACAAGUGCCAUAUACGAUGCCAUUAGAAUUUAGGUUUCUUCAUCCAGCUAUGCAGGGGUUACCGUGGUAACAGGGAUCUUUUCACCUUCCAGUGAUGACAAUCAGCUUGGGGCCAAAUAUAGAACAUGUCUUAGUUGCAGAUUAGCAAUGUCGCCUUUUAGAAGCUGACAGACAAGUGAUGCCAUGAUGAUGACUGUUGGCGCCAUCUGCAGCUAAAAUAACAGAAUGAAGAGAUA